ACUGCCGGGGCGAGCCCUGGGAGGCGGUUGGUGGCCCCCAACCCAAGCUGGGUGAGGAUUUGCACGUCGGUCUCAUGCAAGGAUACUACGCCUGAAUAGCCUCAUUCCUUCCACCUAUCAACAGUGGCUCCGCGUAAGAAUGAUAAAUAUUUGAAGUGUUUUCCCAAAGCUGCUGGAGGCUUCCCUGGCCGUACGACGACUAUUCAGUGCCUGGCGAUAAGUAGGCCAGAGCCAGGUCAGGUGCAGAGGCACGCGGAGAUAGGGUGUCUCACUUCCAUCGGCGAGUUGGGCUGCUUAUAGGGUUUUUAAUUGGAGGUAAAGAAUCUUGUUGACUUUUCGUCUCUCUAGAUACGUUUGUGCUUAGAUCUCUAGAUACAUGCUCUAGGUGCAUUAUUUGGGAUUCUCUUAAUUUUGUAUGCUUAUUAUCUUGAAAAACGUCGUCAUUGUCUGCCUCAGCUUUUGUUCUUAGUACUGGGAUGUAACCCCCAUUCCCCAUGCUCUACCACUGAACUACAGCCCCAGUCCUUUUUAUUUUAUCUUAUUUUGAGAUAAGAUCUCGCUAGGUUGCCCAGACAGGUCUAGAUCUUGUGAUCCUCCUGCCCCAGCCCCCAACCGGAAUUACAGGCAUGUAAUUAGGACCUGCUUGUCUCAGCUAUUUUUAAAUGGGCUCUGCAGUCAGGGGAGUUAUUUCCGGAAGUCCGACCUCUAGGCAAUGACUUAUGCUUGGCUACCUGGGAAUAACUUGUAUGGAAGUUGACUUAAAGUUCUCUCUCCCCUGGGAAAGAAGUACUGUGAAAAAUCCUAAGAGGUUUCAGGCCUCAGAAUUCCUUUAUUUACCCACCUCUGUCAUUGCUCUCUCUGACUCAGCCUUUCUCCCUAUAAACAGGUGAAGUUCUAGGAAGUAGGGGUUUGAGUUUAUUAGACUAUGAUUUUUCUUGUCAUUCUUUCCCCGCCCCCCAAAGGGGUCUUGCUAUGUUUCCCAAAUUCUGGCCUGGAACUUGGGGCUCAAGUGAUCCUCCAGCCUCAGCGGCCUGAGGAACUGGGACUACAGAUGUGCAGCACGGAACAGACUCAAUAAUGAAUGAUUUUUGUAACUACAAAAGUAAUUUAUAAGCUGGGCCCAAAUUUGAGGCCAGCCUCAGAAAUUUUGCAGGACCCUGUCCUAAAUUAAGAAAUAAAAAUAAAAAAGUCUAGGUAAUGUAGCUCAGUUGAUAAAGCACCAGUACCCACCCCCCCCCAAGCAACUUACAGUAACUUGGAAAUAAUUUUUUUUAAAUACCUUAUUUUGCUACAGGGUCUCCCUGAGUUGCUUAAGGCCUUGAUAAGUUGCUGAGGCUGCCUUUGAGCUCAGCCUCCUGACUACUAGGAUUAUGGGCAUUCACCAUUGGUCCAGUUGAAAUCAUCACAACUACCUGGUGUCUCAAAUCAGAAAUAGGACCUUGAUCUCAAUUCUCCCAAAUAUCAGUGUCAUUAAAUUCCCUCUACUUAUUGCCCAAAUAUCUUCCAAUACUUGCUUUCCACCAUUUCUUUGGAAAGAGCUCCAUCCUCUCUCACCUCAGUUACUGUAUCAGCCAUCUUGAUAGUGUGGUCACCCUCACACUGCUACUGGAAGGAUCUUUAAAAAUCUGUAUCUCAGGGGAGGGCAUGCUGUAUGUCAGCUUUUUUAUUUUUUUGAACAAACUCCAAUCUUGAUGCACAACAAGAUUUGACCCUGAGUAUAUGAGAUAAAGUAUAAAUAGCUUAACAUAUGAAUCCUCUCAGACCGUAUUCUAGUUCUGAGAUAGAUAGAUAGAUAGAAUUUCUUUUUUUUUUUUUAAUAUUUAUUUUUUAGUUCUCGGCGGACACAACAUCUUUGUUGGUAUGUGGUGCUGAGGAUCGAACCCGGGCCGCACGCAUGCCAGGCAAGCGCGCUACCGCUUGAGCCACAUCCCCAGCCCUAGAAUUUCUUAAGGUAUAGUCCCUUUCUGGAAUUCUGUCCUGCAGUUGAGUUCAAAUCCUGAACAUGGUGUUCUCUCAAGCCUGCAGGCCUCAAAUAUGUUCUUCCUGCAUAGACUGCCCAAUCUACCAUUUCCUAUUUACCUGCCUGGAGAACUUUUUUUGGGAGGUGGGGGAUAUAGGGGGCAGUACAAACAACACCAUCUCUAUAAAGCCUUCUUUCCCCUCUCCUUCCAGGUUUGUUCAUAGCAAUUCAUCUCUCUGUACCGUCAUUUUAUUUAUAUAAAAUCCCUUGUUAAUUGCUAACUCCUCAAAGGAGACUGAUAUAUCUGUUUUUGUAUCUUCAGGAUCUAGCAAUGUUUUCAUAUAUACUAGGCAGCUUAAUACAUGCUCCUUGAGUGAACUGUUUUACUUCCUAAACACGUGAGGGACUAGAGCUAUUACCAAGGUACCUAUCUAUCCAGGGACCAGUUUUGUGGGAGCAAAAGACAGGCUUUCUUACCAUUGGUGUGCCUUGAUAGAUUGAGGAUGUAGAGCUGACUUCCAGCAGAACUUUGUAACUAUACUGCCAGCAGGGUCAGACUGUCAGUAGGGGAAUUUUACCAGUAGCCUGUGGCAUAAUCUGUUCUUUUUGUUUUGUUUUGGGGGAUGGAAGACAUGAGACUAAAUCUUUGCUCUUUCCUGCCCACCCCUCCCAUCUUAAAUCCAAAGAGCCUGGAACUACAGCCUCCUGUCCUCCUCACUGUCAUUUCCACCAAACUUGUUCUUCCAUUCCACUGAGACCUGCAACCUAUCCUUCUGCCCUUUUGGUCUGUUUCUAGCUUGUCUUCCUUACCUAUAUAGUGUAGAUUCCACAUUCCAUUAUUGUGACCCCAUUCUUGCCUGUGCCCUUGGUGUCUCUACCAUUAUUUCAUUUUAGUUGCCAAACAAAACUGUAAUCUUAGAUGAAUUAUCCACCAGUAUUCAAGCACCUAUGGCUAAGAUGCUAAAAGAAUCUCAACAUUGUAUGUCUCUUAAGUUUUCUUUUCCAGCCUCGCUUGGACUUUCAUUGCUAACCAGUCACUGCUCAUUUCUAAACCAGGUCCUUUCCAUUCUCUACAAUUCAUUCUUUUCAAACCUCUGACUUCAACUUUCUUUGCAUCACUGGACUCCCUGCUUAGCCUCAUAGGAGAUACAAACAAAAUCAGUUUUGCCUACUAUUUGGGUGCUGUGACAGUGAAAGUAUCAGAGCUGUGAGCGUACCCAGAACUAACUUAACCUUGAGCUGUCAAUAAAGGCUUCCUAAAAACAGCUCCACACCAUAGUCACAGCUGGUCAGGAGGCUGAAACAGUAGUUUGAGACCAACCUGGGCAACUUAGUAAACCUAUCUCAUUUAGGAAAGGGCAGUGGGAAUUGUCCUGCCAAGCAUACACAAGGCUCUGGACUUCAACCUCCACCCACUACCACUAAGCAAGACCAAAAAAAAAAAAAAAUCCCAAACUUAGUGAAAGAAGAAUAGGAGUUUUCCAGGCAAACAGAACAAAGAUGGAAAAGCAGUUCUGUUUGGUUGGCGCAUUGUUAUGUGUGCGUUAAAAGAUGAAAGUUGGAGCACCAAGUGAGGUGUGCAUGCCUUUAAUCGAGUGACUUGGGAGACUAAGGAAGGAAAGUUUGAGGCCAGUCUCAGCAACAUAGUGAGACCCUGUCUAAAAAAUAAAAAGGACUGAGGAUGUAACUCAGUAGUAAAGCAUCCCUAGGUUUAAUCCUUAGUAUGCAGUACCAAAAAUAAAAGUUGGAGAAGUGGGCAGGUUUAUCUUAAAGCCAAAUGGAAAAAAAAAAAAAAAAAGAAAGAGAAAAGAAACAAUCCCAAGGUGAAUAAGAAGACAUGGAAUUGUUCUAAAUGGGAAGAAAAUCAGAUUUAUCCCAUGGACUUCAGUGAAUAGACAGACUUAGGGGAGCAGAGACUUGCUAGGAUAAUCAGUUGAAUGAUUGAGGCUUGAAGUAAGGGAGGAAUGGUGUACUUGGAGAACCAUGAGUACAUUGUUGAUAUAUUUAGGAGGUUUGAGUGACAGGACUUGGUGAUAGAUUGGAUAUAGGGACCAAAGCAGCAGGGGAAUCUGGGAUGACAUUUGUGUGUCUAAAUACAACUAGUGUAGAACUUACAGAAAGGAAAAGUCAGAGAUGAAAAUAAGAAGUUCAGUUUUGUGCAUGAUGAGUUUGAGGUGUCUGAUAUCUGUGAUGUCUAGUAGGCAAGUGGGCAAUGUAUCCAAAACCACAGAGAUAUCUGAGGUGCAGAUGAGAUUAGAAGCAGUCAGCAUGAGGCUGGGGAUGCGGCUCAAGUGGUAGCACACUCGUCUGGCGUGCGUGCGGCCUGGGUUCGAUCCUCGGCACCACAUACAAACAAAGAUGUUGUGUCCUCCAAAAACUGAAAAAUAAAUAUUAAAAAUUCUCUCUCUCUCUCUUUAAAAAAAAUCCAUAGGAUUAUAUAUAAGAAAAAUAAAGUUAAUUUAAAAAAAAAGAAGCAGUCAGCAUAAACGUGGUAAUUAAAGCCUUGGUAAUUAAAGAUGAGAUCCUUAAGAAAGGAUGUGGAGAUCUCAGAUAAUUGGGCUUGGGAUACGAUUAAGGAAUAGAUGGAGGAGCUGUAGCUCAGUGGUAGAUUGUUUGCCUAACAUGUACAAAGCCUUGGGUGCAACCCUCAGCACUGUGAGAGGAAAAAAAAAGAUAGAUAAGGCUCCUGUGGAAGGAAUGACCAGAAGCAUAAAAAAACUAGAAAAUUCAGGGUCCUGAAAAGCAAGAAUGCCUUUCAGUGUUAAGUUUCUAGAAUGAGCAAGACAUGGUGGUGCAGGCCUGUAAUCCCAGCAAUUCAGGAGGCUGAGGCAGGAGGAUUAGGUGUUCAAAGCCAGCCUCGGAAAAUCAGUGAGACCCUAUCUGUAAAAUAAAAUUUAGAAACACGGCGGGGGGUGGGGGGCGCUGAGGAUAUGGCUUAGUGGUUAAGCCUCCUGUGUACAAUUCCCGAUUUAAAAAAAAAAAUCCUGGAAUGAGCUUUAACACCUAGUAGUUCUUCAUAAUAUGCUCAUGUAUGUCUUGCUGAAUUAUAAAGUCUAGAUACAUAGGGUUGCUAUUGACCUUAUUGAUUAAUUUAGUGUUCAGCACAUGGCACAUAGAAAGUGCUCAGUAAAUCUGAAGUAAUGGGGAGUCUCCGUAGGGGAGUCUCACCAGAUUGCAGAACAUGCCCUUAUGAAUGAAUAUGUUCCAAACCACACAUUCUCAAGCUUUGUGGCCAGUAAUCAUGGAUAGAAAGUGGAUUGUGAUGUGUACAGAACUUGGGAUCUUAGGAAAUUCCGUAACUAAGAGAAGGAAGAAGUAACAACAGCCAGUGGAGACAAAAAGAAUUGCUUCUCUGUUCUUUCCCACUCCAAGUUCUUAGUGGAGGACUGAGCCCAGCAUCCCAGACUUGUGUGACUAUAUAUGCAAGCAUUCAAAGUCUCAACUUGAUUUUGGUCCCUUAGCCAUCAAUGGCUCAAGGUGUUGGCCUCUGAAAAGACAGAGGCAUCUUAAGUAGCAAAACUCCUUACUUUAAGCAAACCCAAAAUCAUGAAGGGAGACACCAUGGAGUCAGCACCACCCACCGCAGCCUAUCGCUCUGUCAUGGAAGAGUAUGGUUAUGAGGUGGGCAAGGUCAUUGGCAAUGGCUCCUAUGGGACUGUGUAUGAGGCUUACUACACAAAGCAGAAGGUCAUGGUGGCUGUCAAGAUCAUCUCAAAGAAGAAGGCCUCUGAAGACUAUCUUAACAAGUUCUUGCCCCGUGAGAUACAGGUAAUGAAAGUCUUGCGGCACAAGUACCUCAUCAACUUCUAUCAGGCCAUUGAGACAACAUCCCGAGUGUACAUCGUUUUGGAGCUGGCUCAAGGUGGUGAUGUCCUUGAAUGGAUCCAGCGCUUUGGGGCCUGCUCUGAGCCCCUUGCUGGCAAGUGGUUCUCCCAGCUGACCCUGGGUAUCGCAUACCUGCACAGCAAGGGCAUCGUGCACCGCCUGACCCCCAGCCUUUCUGCUGCUAGUAGGGAUUUAAAGUUGGAGAACCUGUUGCUGGACAAGCGGGAGAAUGUGAAGAUAUCGGACUUCGGCUUCUCCAAGAUGGUGCCUUCUAACCAGCCUAUGCGUAGUAGCUCUUCUUACCGCCAAGUGAACUUAUUUUCCCACCUCAGCCAGACCUACUGUGGCAGCUUUGCUUAUGCCUGCCCCGAGAUCUUGCUGGGCUUGCCCUACAAUCCUUUCCUGUCUGACACCUGGAGCAUGGGCGUCAUCCUCUACACUCUAGUGGUCGCCCAUCUGCCCUUUGAUGACACCAAUCUCAAGAAGCUGCUGAAAGAGACUCAGAAGGAGGUCACUUUCCCAUCUAACUGCACCAUCUCCCAGGAGUGCAAGAACCUGGUCGUCCGGAUGCUACGCCCAGCUACCAAGCGUGCCACCAUCCUGGACAUCCUCAAGGAUCCCUGGGUGGUCAAAUUCCAGCCUGAGCAACCCACAUAUGAGAUCAGGUUACUUGAGGCUAUGUGCCAGUCCCCCGACAACAGUAAUCGUCGUCGCCAGUCUUUGGAAGUCAGGACCUGAAAAUAACUAAGGCAAGGUGCUGAGAGGAGCAAAGUAGGAGGGUCUGGGGCUUUUAUACCAAAAAUAAAUCUAAUUCUGACAGUUUCAUCA